UGCCCUCAAGAAACAGUCGCGCCUUCCUCCAGUUAGGCCAGUCUUUUCUUAGACCUGCAAGUGCUAAGUGGCACCCCUGGUAGUUUUUAUUCGGGUUUCCGUAAAUAAAAUUACGUCUAAAAUGGAAAUGAAGUCGCAAAUUAUGAUGCGCUUUCUGCGUUGUCACAUUUGCUCCGAAACUUUAGUGGACCCAGUGUCUUUAAACUGCAAUCAUAGCUUUUGCAAGAGCUGCCUUAUUCAGUACUUGAACCAAGCCGAGUGCCGAAACUGCGCGGUGUGCAAGAGGGAACUUCCCAAGGAAACUCCAGGAAUCAACAUCUCUCUCAAAGAACUUGCAGAUGCUUUUGCAGGAAGACCACAACUUGAUAAAACCAAAAAACAAGAUGUCGUGUGCGGUAAACAUCCAAAGAAACCAACGUGGUUCUGCGUGGACGAGGGCGUUACAUGGUGUGAGGAGUGUCAACAUCCACUUCAGCACGCUGGUCAUCAGCUGAAACGUGUGAAAGAGGCGGUGGAGAAAGUAAAGACUAAAUUGCACUCCAGCCUCGAGCUUAUGGAGGCACAGCUUGACGACUGUAUCUACGCAGAUGACGUUUACAAGGACAUGGUGAAACAUAUGGCGAGCCAGAGGGCUGCCACUGAGAGAAGGAUACAAGAGGAGUUUGAGCAGCUUCAUCAGUGGCUGAGAGAGGAAGAGGAGGCCAGACUCACAGCAGUCAGGGAGGAAGAGGAGCAGAAGAGGAAGCUGAUUGAUCGAGAGCUGGACAUCAUUCAGGGCCAGAUGUUGGCUCUAGAGAAUUCUAUUCAUCAAGUCGAAAAUGACUUAAAACAGGACAAUCUGUCAUUUCUGAAAGAUUAUAAACGCACAAUAAGCAGAGCCCAAUGCCUUCUGCAGGACCCUCAGCUGCUCUCAGGUGCGCUGAUAGACGAAGCCAAACACCUGGGCAACCUCAAGUACAGAGUCAGCAAGAAGUUGCAGGAGAAAGUGCAGUACACUCCUCUGCUUUUGGACCCCAACACAGCCGCAGGCUGGGUGGCCUUGUCCGAAGACCUGACCAGUGUCAGAUACAUGACACCCAAGAAGGAUCUGCCUGACAACCCGGAGCGCUUCAUGGAACAUGCCAUUGUCCUGGGUUCCGAGGGCUUCACCUCAGGCAAGCACAGCUGGGAGGUGCAUGUUGGGGACAGGGUCAAGUGGGUCAUCGGCGUUGCCCGGGAGACAGUCGACAGGAAGGAGGACUGCUACCUCAAGCCCCAGUAUGGGCUCUGGGCCAUCUGGAAGCAUGGGGAGGAGUACCAUGUGACGGGAAAGACGCUUUCGGUGCAGAGCGCCCCCAAGAGGAUUAGCGUGGAGCUAGACUACGAGAGGGGCCACGUGUCGUUUUACGACUCCAGCGACAUGUCCCUCCUAUUCCGAUACAAAGACAGGUUCAAGGAGAAAAUGUUUCCUUAUUUUAAUACACAGGUGGACAUGAGUGAGUCACCCUUACAGCUGUGUCCAAUCAAGGAGUGCCAUGCAGAAAUCAGCAACAUUUAAUACAGUUUAGCACUUGAUCACAAUGUGCUAUGUGGCUCGAUGGUGUUUUAUGCCCCCAAUGUCGUCUUCCAGGCAGCGCUGCCACCGCUGACUUACCUUACCCUAACCUUAACCUAUGCCUAACCCUAGUGCCUUCCAGGCAGCGUUGCCUUGAAGACCACGUUGGGGGCAUAAAACACCAAGAAACAUGUGCUAUACACUUUACUUGAUUACAUUGAUUUAAGUUGUCUGUGUUAUUGCUUUUGUUUGAUGAACAUUUUAUACCGUGAUGUUGCUAUUCAUAGGUUAUAUACAUGUAGAGCUGAAGUUACUUGAAUUCUAGAGUAUGUAGUAGGCCUGAGUGCAGCUUCCUAUAUCUCAACAGGAUACUCUGAGAAAUAUGUUCUCAGCUGUUAAGAAUUCCUACUGCACUGUCUAGGAAGGAGUUUUAUAUGUUGAGAAUCCUUAAUGGUUAUUUUGAGAAGCUUAAUGGGAUCCCUAUGAGAAGGCGCUGUAGGAUCUUUACAGGGUCUAAAUGUUGCUUUGACACGUUGAGAUGCUGAGCAAUUUGUAUGUCACCUGCUCACCAUCAGUGCUCGUUGAACUCUUAACAGAAAUAGAAUUAGUAAACAAAAUAUCUCUUCAUGUGAUACUCGAAUUAACCUGAGGGGUUUGCCUGAUCCCAUACCGAAAGGGUCUUCCAAGAAGGGAUGUUUUGAAUGUUUGUUGUAAUGAUUAAUCAUGACCACUAGGUGUCCCUCUAGCCUAGCAGAAGUGAUGACAAUUCUGUAACGUUUGAAGUGACUUUCUGCAGAUAUUACUUGUGACGCUGUUUAUUCCUUCUCUCUGCUUCCACGUCUACUCUCCCCACAUUCCACUGUGUUACAGAAAUCAAACACCAGUCAUGGUGGUAAGUGACACUUUGGAUGUUUUGAACAAUAAAUAAUGUGGCACAUGCAUGUGCUCUUGAUCGGUU